AUGUUCGAUUCAUUCCCCGAUAUAUUUGGUGGUAACGGUAGUGGCGGCGGCGGCGGCAGUGGCAGCAGUAGACACAAAGACGAAAGAAAAGCGAGAAAUAGAGAUGAAGAUACACGCAGGCAGAGAAGGCACAGCGAUAGAGAUAGAGACAGGCAGCGGCGUAAGAGGAGGGAACUAGAGCGAUACAAUGAGGAUUACGACAAUAAUCGAUCGAUUUCAAAUACCACCGACUUCCGCCCACCAAAGCUCACUCACGACGAUAAGCGUUUCUUCUACACAAGCUCAUUUCCUGAGAAUAACCUUCUUCUUCUUGAGGGUCCUGAAAUAUCUACCAUUCCGCGAUAUCGACGCUCUGGGCGCGGAAGAGUACUAGGCUUGCCUAGAGAUAUGCGCAUUAGUGAAAAGGUGCAUUACACGACGCGCAACAUUAUCCUCCCGUCUUCCAAUGCAUUGCGAUCGCUGCGAUCAUCCAAGACACGUAUGCCUGCACCCGAAAGCGACGUGAGGCGGAUAAGGUGUUCGAAUAGUGACCUAAAAACAGGAGAUGAUUUCGUACCUGUUGUAAGUGAUCGCAGGAAGGCUAAAGAACGAGAGGCGCAUCAACGUGGCUUCCUCACGCUCGAUGUGGACUAUAGGGGAGUGAAAGGACCCUCAAAACCUGGCGCUAUCGAUGAGGAUGUACACCCUUCUUACAGCGAUGACAGUAGCGAAGAAGACUCCAACAACACAAGGUACAACGACACACUCAACAAACGAAUCGAAUGGGAUAGAUAUCUCAAAGCCUCCCCACAAGACGUGCAGGGUUGGUUGGAUUAUGUUGAUUUUCAAAGCGAUAUUGUCACCCAUCAGCAUAACGAAUUCAAUAGAAAAACUGCUCAGAACGUCGUCUUGGAUUUACAAUACCAGGUGCUCGACAAGGCGCUCUCGCAUCAGCCGCGCAAUUUGGAUCUAGUCGUAAAGAAGCUGCAAUGCGGUGCGAAGGGAUCGCGCGAGGGUUUGGGAAAAGAUUUCAGAAUUGCCAUUCACAACCACAAAGGCAAGCCUGGUGUGUAUAGAAUAUGGAAAGCUUACAUAGACUACGCUCAAUGUUACGCUUCAAUCAUAGCACCUGGGGAAUUAUUCCCUAAUGAGUACGACAGCUUGUGCUCAUUCGAGAUUGUGUCCAGGAUUUAUAUGGACGCUUUUCGUGAUUUGAUUGAUAUGUCUGAUCUGACUCAUCUGGCUGAUAUUGCAGCUGAAGACAACCUUCUUCAACUCUUCUUCAGAUACUGCUCAUUCCUCUUAAGCGCAGGAUACACUGAACGUGUAUACUCCCUUUACCAAGCAAUGUUUGAACUUAAUUUUAGAGGCGUCCAUCUGAACAAGCUUGGUGAGCUGUGGUAUGACUACAAGUAUAGGCGUGUUGGGGACGAGCUGACUGAUGCUGAGGACGUUUAUCAAUUAGAGUACCCCACACACCCCAACUUUCAGCUGGAGGAGUGGCAUGAGUACGAGAAAUUCAACGAUGACAUUGACAACGCUUUCCCUGUCGCUGGCGAGCAGAAUAAUAGUGAUGAUCCGUUUAGGAAUGUUAUAUGGGAAGUUGACUUGUUACCAUACCUGUUCAGCCUGCGUGGCUAUAGCAGCAGAAUGAGGCUAGCUGAUAGCUUGCUAAAUGUCUUUGGUAUAGGUGUUGCUCUUAGCGGGUUGAACACGAAUCACCCUCUUCUCCAUGACUCCCUGUUGCAGGGAUCAUCCAAUUACAACGAGUUUUUUGAAGAUAGCAGUCACUUAUCCUUCAAUCAACCGCAAUACGUCAACACACUCUUCCCAUUCAGUGAUUGUCCAACUAUAAUUCACAACGAGCAUUUGGGAAAUUUGCAGAGGAUUAUAGAUGAUUUGGGCAUAACACAUUUACAGAUGUUGCUAUGUAAAGACGACAAUCGCAAACUCAAACACUUGCUCGCGGCAAACCCUGACAAAAAGGAUCUAUACGAUAUAUACGCAAGGAUCCAAUACGGCAAGGGUAAAAUAGAAGCUGCUAGAAAGGUCUACAGCGAAUGUCUGAAAGGUACAGGUGAUGAUGAGACCAACAAAGUCAAAUUAUGCUACAGUUGGUCGCAUAUGGAGUUGGUGCAAGGUAAUCGGAAUGCUGCUCUGAAUGUCUUGUGUGAUGGUAUUACCGUUGGAGUCGUCGAUGAUGUCACUAGAGAGCAGAGUUCAAUUAACAUACUUAAAGCUCGCAAAUUGUGGUCUUCGCAAGAUUCAUCAGCAGCUUUUGAGGCUGUCAGCUGUCGUGCUCUGUUUGAACUUCUCGUCAGCAGCUCGGUAGAUAAAGCCGUGUCUAUUUAUGAGGAGUCACUGAAAAAUCUUGACAAGCCAUCAUACGCUCAUGAAGUGCUAACGUCGGAGCUGGUGCGUUUUGUUGAUGCGCUAGAUAAGUUGCAUGACGCAGAUAGAUCUGUGCAGUUACCAUCGACCAGCACCACAAAGCGUAUACUUAGAGGCGCUAUCAGUGAAUAUCCCUACAAUAGCUUCUUUAGCUACUCAUACUACACUGCCAAAACUAAGCUCGAUGGAUAUAGGCAGCUGUUUGACGAAGAAGUAGCCGAGAAUGCACAUUCGGUGGUUUACAUACAAGCCGUGAUGAACAUUAUGGAUAAGAAAAGAGUUAGCAAUACAUCCUUGUUGAAUCGGGUGAGGAGGGUGUUUACGAUGGGCACUCUAUCGCAGGAUGCGCAACACUCUGUCGCGCUUUGGAAGCUAUACUUUCAGUUCGAGUGGCAUGUUGCAAGCGAUUAUAAGUUAGCCGAGCAGGUGAUAAUCAACAGUCUUAGAUAUUGCCCGUGGUCGAAACAGCUCCACAUGCUGCUCUUCGAUCUGUCCAACAAGACUCAAGUGGAGAGCCAUUUGCUGCAGGUGCUCACGCUUAUGGAUAAAUAUGGCAUGCGGCUCCGUAUUGACCCUUCGCCAUAUAUUAGGCGAGCUGUUGAGUUGGAGAUUAGCAAAGGUGAGGGAUUGCAUGUGGAGCCAUUGAGCGAAAAUAGUGAUGAAGAAAUGUUCAUGUAG